AGUAAUAAUAAUUAUUAGUUGUUUGGGUUUUCUCUUUCUUCCUGCUUUUGGACUUGGUAGUUUCGUAUCGUUGUGCUGGUACAUGCAUGGUGCUAAGACGUAGUCAGUUGGGUUCAAUUCAUGCAUGCCAUCUACCUCACAGCUUGCUGUAAUGAAUGAGUAGCCCAGGUGGUCAAGUGAAAGUGCUGCAUGGAAGGAGUGAACCUAUCUGCAGAUGCUUCAACAUCUCGCGGAGAUGCUGGCAAUGUGGUUGGUCAGAAUGAUGAGGAAUUAAGACGAUUUCAAGUGGAGCUGGAAUUUCUCCAGUGUCUCGCUAAUCCAUUCUAUCUCAACCACUUGGCACAACAUGGAUACAUGGACAAGAAAGAGUUUGUCAACUACUUGAAGUAUUUACUGUACUGGAAGCAGCCCGAGUAUGCAAUAUUCAUCAAGUAUCCAGCCUGUCUUCACAUUCUGGAGCUGCUGCAAGAAGAAACUUUCCGCAAGGAACUUAUAAGUCCUCUGUGUGCCAAGUUUGUUGAGGAGCAGCUCUUGCUUCACUGGCAGUACUAUGCCUUCCGGCGCCAAAUGGCUGGACCUGUGCCUCCUGGUGCCGUAGCUGGCCAGGCUGCAGCUAUCACUGCAGAAGGAGAGCCAAUGCAGCCACUACAACCUCAGCAGCAGUCUGCCUCUGUGAUCACUAAUGGCUUACCGUCUGUGACCACACCAGCAAAUGGUGCUUCAUCAAAUGGUUCCUAGCAGGCAUUGUGUGGAGUAGUUGCAACUGAUGACUCGUGGAUGAGGAUCAUGUGUGAGUUUCAGUGCAUUGGAUAUGAUGAGCGUGGUGAUCAGACUUUCUGCCACUGCCCGUUUUUAUAUACCCCUACCUUGUACAUAGAAUGUAGUUAUCGUCAGCUUGAUUUUUAUCGCCGAUACCAGUUCUCCAUUUCUACAGUCACUCUUCGUCGUUGCUGUGCCAUGACAUGGCAUGCAUUGUGUUGUGUAACUAAUUCAUUUGCAUCCGCAGUGUGCUGCGCUAGACCCGGCUUUUAUCCCAAAUGCGAAAUUUCUCCCUAUGUCUAGCACUUGACUAUUGAGAUAGUAGCCACAACAUGGGUUCUAGCUGCAUUGGCCUGACUAGCCAUUCUGUUGACUGUAAUUGUCAUUUUGCCCUUGUAAUUCUAUAUAAUGUAGUUUGGUUGUGCAGUGACUGUGUGCACAAUCAUCUUGAAUGUGAUUACAUGAUAGCUGUACAAGUCACUGCGCUACGCCUGUACAGUAUCAUUGUCAUUAUGUCGUAUUAAUUUUAUGGUUGUAUAUAAAUAUUCCGUGUGCGUAUACAGUACUACAUUGUAGAUACCUUUCACUGAGAAUCAUUGUCCCAGCUCCAA